AUGGAUCGCCUUCCAGAUAAACUGCCCUUCUCCAAGCGUCGCUUACGGCCUCGCAUCAUCAUCUCUUAUGUCCUCGACUAUGUCAUCAUCAUUGCGUGCGCAGCGGGUUUCUACAUCCUCGACUCCGUCGAACCAUUCCACCAGCAUUUCUCCUUGCGGGACAUCUCCAUCCAAUACCCCUAUGCCGAACACGAACGUAUUCCCAUCGGGUUAGCCAUCUGCAUCUCCUGCCUUGCGCCGCUGGUUAUCAUCGCCGUCUAUACCCUUUUUAUCGAUGGUCUAUUCUCGCACCACAAGCCCGUGAACUCAGUGACAGGGAAGAGGAAGUUCAACGGCCCUUAUCGGUGGAAAGAUCGCCUGUGGGAAUUCAAUUGUGGCCUUCUGGGAUUGUUGCUCGCCCAAGGGACUGCCUUUGUGAUCACCCAGAUCCUGAAGACUGCCUGCGGAAAACCUCGGCCGGACUUGAUUGAUCGAUGCAAACCGAGGCCAGGAAGCCACGAUCUGAUCCCGGGAUUGUCGAAUUACACGAUUUGUCAAGGUGACCCGGUAAUUCUCAAGGAUGGCUUUCGUUCAUGGCCUUCAGCUUCCUUUGCGGGACUGUUUUACUUGACCCUGUGGUUAUCGGGCAAGCUGCACCUCAUGGACAACCGCGGUGAGGUCUGGAAGACCGCCAUCAUCGUUACUCCAUGCAUCGCGGCGACGCUGAUUGCGGUGUCGCGGAUCAUGGACGCCCGGGCACCACCCGUUCGACGUCAUCACUGGCUCGCUUCUCGGCGUUGUCGGAAAGAGCCGCGCGUAUCCGAUCCGGACCUGGGGCAUGGACCCGAUCGCCCCCGGCCCACGCGAUCCCUCUUGGGGACUCGAAUGACAGCACCACCGCUCUCCGUAAUCCGGAGGGAAGAACGCCUUGACGCGCCGCCUCUGCCGCAGACGAAUGUGCCCCCGACACAACACCGGCUCUCGCGCGGACCGACGUACACCUCGGCCACCGGCAACCCGUAUGCCACGGAUGUGUAUGAUCACCGCAUGCGCCAUGAUGACGGAAACUGGUCGUCGUCCAGCGAGGAUGUCGCAGACGGGUACGAGAUGCAACAAGGGUACGCCCACACACACAAUCCGGCAUUGGGUGGGUCGCUUCCCCGAUAUGAGGAUACGGCUUACCAUUCCAAAACGCAACCGACGAUGCCGGGAGACAGUUCUCUCCGGCAGCCCUUGGCCGCUCAUCCUGACCGUGGUCGGGAACUGACGGAGAUGCCUCCUCGGGAGCCUUGA